UGAUGGAGAGGGCGGUGACGCUCGUUGACCAAUCGCGCGUUGUCGGAAGUGUUCGGCACAAUUCGGCUGUGGAGGCGGAGCGGGACGCGUGUGGAUGGAGUGGCUGAUGCUUUUCUCCACCGGAGACCAGAUGUCUGAUCCAGUUGUCAUUUUGCAUGCGGUCAGGAGACAGUUUGACCUCUGAAUGACCCUCCGAAUGACCUCAACACUCUCCUACUCACACAAACACAAAAUGUGUGUCAGCAUGAACUUGAAGAUGUGUCUUUAGUGACAGAAUUCGUUCAGCAUCCAAUCAUUUCUCAGUAGUCUCCAGCAUGGACUUCCUGCAGAUGAAGCACCUAAAGAGGAAGAGGAAGAGCAACUACAGCGUGAAGGAAACUCAGACUCUGAUCCGCGAGAUCCACAAGCGACGUGAGAUUUUGUUCUCCCGCCAACAGAACAUGGCCAUCAACGAGCUGAAGCGGCGUGCGUGGGAGGAGGUGGCUGACAGCGUGAACUCGCUCGGCGAGGGGGAGCUGCGGACGGCGGCCGAGGUCAAGCGGCGCUACCUGGACUGGCGCGCAUUGAUGAAACGAAAGCAGCUACAGGCCGAGUUGGCGUCGGGAUUGAAGCAGGAGUUUGAAGCUUCGUCUCCCGAUAAUGACGCCUCUCUGGGUGGCGGCGAUCAGUCGCUGGACCUCAGUGGGUUUUCCAAAGACUCGUCGUGCGACUGGCAGGACCUGACGGACCUCGGGGAGCCCAGCACACACACACCUGGAGUCAAAAUGGAGGACGAUGAGGCCAGCAGCUACAGAUUGGAGGCGGAGGUUGGAGAAGGUGGUGAGGGUGAGGAGGACGAUGAAGACUGUUUUCCCUCCAUCCUCCCUGAUAUGGACCGCGAGGGCCGGGUUCCUGAGGUCUUCGCUCACAUCGAUGAAUUCGGCGUGCUGAGCUCCACGAAGCCCUCAUCGGGCUCAACAGCGAGUCGAGACCUGGGACUGGGACUCGGAGUCGGGGGUAUGACCGGGAUGGGUGUAGCUGGAUUGGGCCUGACCGGAGGGGAGAACACAAGUCUGCUGGUGGCGCUGGAGAGGCAGAGACUGGACCUGGAGAAGCACCGCUUACAGGUGGAGUCCGAACGGCUGCAGGUGGAGAAAGAGCGCCUCCUGGUGGAGAAGGAGCGGUUGAGGCAGGGCGAGGUGGAGAGAGAGCGGCUGCAGCUGGAGAAGGAGCGUCUGCAGGUGGAGCGAGAACGAUUGCGACUGCAGCUGCAGCUGCAACAGAACACGCCCCUCCAGCAGAGCCCCGCCCCCUCGACGUCUGUAGCCACGCCCACCACAUCAUCCUCUGCCCCUUCGUCGUCCUCAUUGGACGGAGAGAAGGACAGGAAGCUGGUUUGGCCAAUGGUGGUGGAUUUGGAGGCGGAGAAGCUGAAGUUAGAGAAAGAGCGCCUCCUGCUGGAGAAGGAGAGACUGCAGUUCUUCAAGUUUGAGUCGGGAAGACUGCAGAUUGAGAAAGAGCGCCUGCAGGUGGAGAAGGAGAGGCUGCAGCUUCACAAAGAUGGACAACAGAUGGCGCUGCACUCGUGAAACACCGUAGAUACAGCCGGGUAGAGAAAGAUUGUUUCCGUAGUUAUCUAUUCAUUUCUAUGGGGAAAAAUUCGAAAAAUUUGUGUCUUAUGCACUUUAAAUACAGCAAAAAAUCUAUUAUUUCUGUCAGACAUUUGAAAAAGAAAAAAGUCUAGCAAUGAUUGCGAGAAGUUUAUAAACAAGAUGCAUGUGGACUCACUUUUGAACAUAUGCAGCAGUAGACUGUGCAUUUUUAAAUAUAAAUAUGAUAAAUGAAUGUCAGAAAAUUACAUUAUUGCACAGAAAAGCAGAAGAAGACUUUUUUGAUUUUACAUGCAUCUUUUGUCAUCUUGUUGCUGAAUUGCUUGUAUUCGCAGCACUUCAGUGUUGUUAUUAUUAACUAAAAAAGCGUAAACAUUGUUAAUCGACAAAAAAAAAUAUAUAUAUAUAUAUAUAUAUUGGAUGAAAAACUUCAAUGAGAAAUGUUGAAUGUUGCAAACUUACUGAAAUAAAAUAAGUUUAACUUAAAUUAAAACUAAAAUGAAAAUAAAAAUAAAAAACUGUAAAUACUAUAAUAGUAUAUAAAUAAACUAAAAUUACACAUCUUGUGUUUCAGUUUCAGUUUUUUUUUUUUUUUUUUUAAAUUGACUGAAAAAAAUUGUCCUGAAUUUUUUGCUUUAUUUGGAGUGCAAAAAUCACAAAAAAAUAGCCGAAUUUUAAUAUAAUAUUUAUUUCUCUUUCUUAUUUUCACUAAAGAAAUGAAUGGAUAUCUACGGUAAACAGUGAUUCUGACUGUAUCUAUAGAUCAGGUCAGCCCACAUGAUUGCCUUCUGUUCAUGCAAAACAACUCGUUUUGCAAAACGUUUUAACUCUGAUUAUUGAUAUCUUGUAGAAAUUUAUGCAGAAGUAUCUGAACGUACUUUUCACAUAUUAUAAAAAGAACAGAUGCUUCUGAUUACAAGACGUUAUGUACUUUGCUACCAUACUGUGUUUAAUGUACGGCGUAAAACAGAGAGCUAAAAAAGAGUUGGAUUGUAUAAGGGCUCUUAUAAGCAGCUGUGUUCACAUUACAGCAAGGAUGGGGACCAAAUCUCAGGCCUCAUUUAUGCCGAAUUGUCAUAUAUACACAUUCUUAUGCACAAAAAAAAUGUGUUUUAUAAGUGAGGCCUGGGUUUAUUUUGAAAUAAUCAGGUUUUUCUCUGGUCUUGACGUCAAUAAUCGAAUAAGCUGACCGAACGCAGAUAAAUGUGUUCGUAAAACUAGGUGCUUGGAUUCAGUUUUGCUUAUUCACACUUACAAACAUGGAUGUGAACAAUCAAAGCAAAAUUUUAUUUCAAAUUCAAGAUAUAUUUUAUAUUUCACCCCAAAAUCAAGAGAAAAUAAUAUGUAAUAUUUAUUUUUUAUUUUUUUUGCAUAAAGAAAAAUUAAGCCUGUUUUAGGACCAUUAAAGUUAUAAAAUGAACAUUUGCUGAAAAUUGACUCAUCUUUAGGCUAUCUAAAAUGUAGAUGAGUUUGUUUCUUUAUUGGAAAAGAUUUGGAGAAAUGUAGCAUUCCAUCACUCACCAGUGAAUCCUCUGCAGUGAAUGGGUGCCGUCAGCAAACCGCUGUUUAUGGCCAAAAUAUGGGUCCGUAAUCCAUAAUAACGCUAACUCUAGUGAAAAAGUCUAUCUCCUGUUGUCUCUCACAUCAAAAUCUUUCUCUCCUGAUUCAGACGAGACCAGUUAAAACAUCUUAAUGAUGGAUUUGUUUCAGCUUUUGUCUUCUCAAGGCAUUAACUGAUGGACUGGAGUGGUGUGGAUUAUUGUGAUGUUUUUAUCAGCUGUUUGGACUCUCAUUCUGACGGCACCCAUUCACUGCAGAGCAUCCAUUGCUGAGACACUGAUGCAAUGCUACAUUUCUCCAAACCUGAUGAAGAAACAAACUCAUCUACAUCUUGGAUGGCCUGAGGGUGAGGAUAUAUUCAGCAAAUUUUCAUUUUUGGGUGAACUACUCCUUUACGGUGUUAUUUCCUUGACAAUAUUUCUGUAGUGUCUGGAUGUUUUCUUAUUCUUUUGAUUUUGAGGUGAAAAAUGUUCUUCACAGGUUUCGUGAGAUUUCCUCAUAAAGGCCUGUAUUGUGAAUGUAGUCAGUGUUUAUGAGUGUGUGUGUGAUUUCUUACGGUAGUUGUUUUCAGGCCUUGAUGAUCCAGAAGUGCAGUUGUUGAGUGCUGAUUGGUUUACCUGUUUCUGUGGAUAUGUGAUUCCUGGUUAAAUUUAUGCAUCUUAUCCAAAGCAAUUUACAUUUUACAUUUUCAUAAAUGUUUAUCAUUUCGGGAUCCCAUGCCUUAAGAGUUUCAUUUUAGAGCUCUGUUUCACACAUAAGCAGUGCAUACUUAUUAUGGCACGUAGAGUUUCAGUUCUUAAUCUGUGAGUGCCACACUGAACUUUAGCAGAAAAUAUGGUGAAAAUGACCUGUGAACCUUUUUAUUAGCAUGACCUUUUACAACAGGCUUCAGGCUUUGAAUCAUCUGAAUUCAGUCCAGUUUACUUUGCAAUUUACUUUAGUUGCAUGUAAAACUUGCUGUUUUUUCCAAACAAUGCAAAUGCAUGUGCUGUUUUGUAACAUGCAGACAUUGAAUAACAUGCAAAAUCAAUCAGAAUGUCCAUGCUGCUUGACAAACAAAAAGUAAAAGUAAUAGCUCACUCAUGAUUUCAUCAUUUUUGUCCAUUAGUAAAAGAAGUGCUCCAUGUAUAAACCCAGAAAUCACUUUAUUUGUAUAGAUUUGCAGCAGAAACACUCUCAGCGUGUGAAACAAGCCUUACGGUUCAGUUCAGCUUUUCUCUGCAUUUCUCUAAUCAAGUGGAAAACCAAAGCUGUCUGAUGCCAUGUUUUUUUUUUUCAUUGGAUCUCCAGUGAAUAUGUUUUCACGCUCAGAUGAAGGUCGUGUAAUUUAAAGACAAAAGGUUUUAUGGCUGUUUAGUUUUUGUAAGUUGGUGCUAAAGGUGUGUUUUAUUGUUCUGUAUGUGCAUUACGGUGAAUAAAUGGUGUGUGUGUGUUUGUGUGAGUGUUUUAAAUGUAUGUUCCUGAUGUGGGAAAGCACAGAAAAUAAACAGA